AUGGCAAAUGAUCUUAAAGCUCUUUUGUCGCCAUACGGCCGCCCUUCUCUAUGCGACUCGGUCCUUCCAGCACUCCUAGAGGGCAUCUCCGGCAUCGCAAAGGCGCUCAACCAGUCACAAAAUAUCAGUCUUGCUGGGACCAACAACGCAUUUGGUGAUGGCCAACUGAACGUCGACGUCUCUUCAGAGAAUCUCAUUAGAGAAGCGCUCGCAAAAUGUCCCUCUGUCAUCACAGCAAGCAGUGAAGAGGAUCCUGUGGAACGACUCAACCAAGCUCAGAGUGGCGCUCUCGGAUCUGAAAGAUACACCGUCGCCUUUGACCCUCUAGAUGGGAGCUCGAUCAUAGCUCCCAACUGGACUGUGGGGACUAUCAUUGGGAUCUGGGAAGGCGACUCUGCGCUAAAUCAGCCAGUGGAUAAACAAAUCGCCGCAAUCUUGGGUGUUUACGGCCCACGCACCACAGCCAUUGUCGCAGUGAGAGUUCCUGGAAGCGAACCAUGCUGUCUUGAAAUUGGAAUCGGACAGGAGCCAUAUAGCUAUGAGAUCGUACGAACGAACGUGCGACUCGCCGAAGCCCCAUUCAAGACACGAUAUUUCGCCCCUGCGAAUCUUCGUGCUGCUGCAGAGAGUGAGGCUUACAUGCGCCUUGUCACGCACUACAUAGAGCAAAAGUACACCUUGCGCUAUAGUGGUGGAUUGGUCCCGGAUGUAGUCCAUGCGCUAGUUAAGGGACACGGGAUUUAUGUUUCACCUGUCACGGGCGCGAGCAAGGCAAAGCUGCGCCGGCUGUAUGAGCUUCUCCCUAUUGCAUUGAUCGUCGAGUGUGCUGGAGGGAAGGCUGUCGAUCCUUCGAGCGGAGAAGAUAUUCUGAGUCGGCCAUUGGACAAUUGUAAUGAGAGAGCGGGCCUAGUCUGUGGAACAAUGGAGGAAGUGGAUUUUGUGAAGAGGACAUUGCUUAACGCAUAA